CAGAAAUUCUAAGGUGUUGUCAUCGCGUUCUUUAGCCUCGUGUGUUUUAUACUGGGCGUAUGGGUAGAUUUCAAAUCUUUACAAUGCGGCUGUAACAACAGUUGUAUUAUUUCUAUAGACUGUAAGCGCUGUCUAACGCAUUUCGCGAAUAGAAAACAGUGAGUUGCCUUCGGAAAACAAACAAUAUUAUAUUUAAGAAGGAGGCUAGUUUAUAAGCCACUAGCUAACGCCUAACGUUAGCUAUGGAGGAAAGGAAAGAGGAGGGAGAAGCGGAGAUCCAAGAGCACGGGCCCGAACACUGGUUCUCCAAAUGGGAACGGCAGUGCUUAGCAGAGGCCGAACAGGAUGGUCCAAACGAAGAGGAGACGGAACAAAGUCAACAAAAGAUGUGGCACCUCUUUCAGAACUUAGCCACUGCGGUAGCACAACUCUACAAAGAUAGAGUAUGUCAGCAGCAAGGCCUCUCUCUCUGGGUGCCCUUCCAGAAUGCAGCCACGGCUGUCACUAACCUGUAUAAAGAGAGCAUAGAGGCCCAUCAGCGGAGCUAUGACCUGGGCAUCCACUUAGGUUACCAACGCAGGAAUAAGGAGGUGAUUGCAUGGGUAAAGAAGCGUAGAAGAACUAUUAGACGAGAGGACCUCAUCAGCUUCCUGUGUGGCAAAGUUCCACCUCCACGAACAGCUCGUGCCCCGCCCAGAGUUGCCAUGGUGUCUGCAAGCCGACCAUCGCCACCAGAGACAGGCAGCUCUGUGGAGACCGACCUGCAGCCCUUCAGAGAGGCAAUCGCACUGCACGGCCUUAGUGGUGCCAUGGCAAGCAUUUCUGUGCGUUCUGGUCCUCCUGGUUCUCCAACUCACCCUGCCCAGUCCCUCAGUCGUCGUAGGAAUGGUCUCCAUGACGUGGAUCUCAACACCUUCAUUGCUGAGGAGAUGGCACUCCAUCUGGAUUCCACAGCCGAUCGUAAACGUGGCCCUGCCCCCUGUAGUGAUGUAAUUACAGACUCGCCCACUCAUAAACGUAAUAGGAUGCUCUGAACUUUUCCUACACUGCUAAUCCCUCCUCUGUCCUCUCCUUGGUGGCUGACUGGACAGUUGAUGAGGACUGAUGCCUUGGCCACCUAUUGAAAUCUUCCUCCUUUGCAUCUUGGUUGCAAUGCUACAAAUAAAAAAAAGUUAUAAUUAUCAAUCCCCUUAUUUAGUUUUCUUCCUCCGGUUGUCACAGGCACUGUCUCUGUGUGAGUUCUGUUCCUUUUCAGACUGUUUUCUCUUUAUGCUGGGUUGCUCUCAGUAGAUCUGAUAAUGAAGUGAGCACAUGUCACACUUGAAAUCCUUAACUUGCAGAAUGUUGCAUUUAGACAUUUGUUUGUUGGCCGGGCUCCUUUGUGCUCUUCAUCUGAUAAUCAGCUGAACCAGGCUGAUGCCUGCUGUUUGCCAUUCAUUCCUCAAGCGCACUUCCUCUUCUUCUGUGCAGUGCUGGCCAAAUCGGACCGGAUUGAAACUCGAGCUCCUCAGUAGGCUGAACCACCUUCCUGCUGUGUAGCUCUAUUCAAAACAUUUGUUGGCGUGUGUAUCUCAUUCUGCUGCUGUGUGCGUUUGCAUUAUGUGACAGCAGAACUGCCACUUACUAUGUUGUACUUGUCUUUGCCUUUGAGAAAGCUGCUACAGUAUCUCUGGUUGCUUGCAACACUGAGUGUGUGUACGAGUGUCUGUGUGUGAGCUUGUGGAUGCAGGGUUCUGGCAAAUCCAACACCCACUUGACCGAAUAAUUUCCUGUUCUUUCUUUAGUUGCUUUUGGCAGCCCAAACCCAGGUUUUAUCACAGAGCAGGUCAGUCCAAUAUAUGAAGAUAAUUGUGACUAUCAUUGCUGUCAGAAUUAGCUGACAGCUUGAGUAGUAGGAUGAUGAUAGUAAAGCAAGAUGUAUUUUCAACAAAUCUCGUAGGUAUUGCCAAGUUUACAGAAAUGCAAAUGUGCACAGUUUCCCUAGGAGUUAAGGUGAUAAUCCUGUGCGCAGCCCGAGACGAUGACGUUUGCUCAUCCACUCAGUUGGGUGGAGAAGGGAAACAGGAUUCUCAAAUAUCACAAAAAUAUGACUACAACGCACAACAGAGAUGUCUAGAUAUGAAAUCUUUAUUCAUUUACACAAUUGUGAGCAACACGUUAUGCAGUGCAAUGCAAAACACAAUACUCGAAAUUGUGUGUAAAUUUGUAAAGAAGAUUCCAUGCACAGUGUCACUGUCAAAACAGUUGACUGAAUACUGGUUUGUUUAUUUUUGCAUAAAGAGCAGUAACAAUAUUUCAAAGCUUGCAUUUUACCUACACUUGAUUUCAGCUUUAAACUAGAAAAUUACAAGGAGCAGUUCCCUGUAGGGGCCGAUGGCUGUAUUUAAUUUGGGUAAACCAAUUCAUGGAUGGUUGGAUGUGAUGUUUCAACAAGGCUGGGGGCUUGUUUUUGCUAGUUUCACACGCUGCUUUGUGAUACAAUCUCGUAUGUGUGUGUGUAAAUAACAUGUAGGUGCUCUUAUGUGUGGUACAUAUUGUAAAAAGAAGUGCAAAUCCAUUGGGAUGUCUAUGUACAAUAACUGACAUUAAAGGAGACGACCAUUUAA